ACAUCCAUUCUCCAGUUCUCAAUAGGCUCAAUCCCAUACCGACAACCUAUUAUCCGUAACAUACUCUAGGACUUGGAACGUGGAUCCUCUUCACCGGUGACUGACUCUCUCGAGCCAUACUAGUCAAAAGUACUACUUCAUACCACAAACCGGUGGUUUUGAACUCGCGAAGCAUGUCUUCUACUCAAAGAGUACUAAGACCACGUAAGCAGCAACCGAACGCUCCCGCCAAGUCUGGCGAGAGAACUCAGCGUAAACGACUAAGACGCCAUGCAACGCAGCUGCCGGAUACACCUCAGCCUCUGAAGCUUCCGGUGGAACUACUAUUGCUCAUCCUCAAAGAGGUCGAUUCUCUGGCCACACUCGCUAGAGCAAGCCGAGUAUGUCGUAUGUUUCAAAAUGAAGCCGAACACCUCCUAUAUCGAGAGGUCACCGUUCGUCGCGUUCCCGAUGUUCGUAGUCUACACCGGGCUCUGACCAAGGUGCCACGGCGCGCGUCCCUUGUCUAUAUCUUCCAUGCCAUUGACAACGGGCGCAUGUCGAUGGUCUUGGACUUGCUCAACGCCAUACUCCUCAUGCUCAACAACCUCAAGGACUUGGAUUUGGACCUCACUACUUGCUUCGAAAAACCCGAGCUACACCACAAAGUGCUGCAGACGCUCUCCAACUGCGCGUUCAGGCUGGAGUCGUACAGCGGCUACGUGGGCAGCGAUGGGGAGUUCGUCCGCUUCCUCAAGCGACAGCCGGGCAUAGAGUCACUCGGCAUCAAGGACGCAGUGCUCGACUUUCCGGACCAGAGCUUCCCGCAGGAUGUGCUACCUCGUCUGAAAUUCCUCCAGACAGACUACGACUUCUUCCUGAGCAUAGUUCGCCAUCCUCGCAUGAUCACGCAUCUUGAUCUCUCGAGCUGGCCAAUGGACGAUCAUGAGGUGGAUAACAUCCUGCAGGUUGUCGGGGGGCAACUCGUCAGCUUCAAGUACGCAAAAGAUUCAGACCCGGAAUUCCCCGUCGGCCAACCGUCACACGUACUACGUGGUGGAGCCCUUCCCAGACUGAAGUUCCUUGAUGUAGGAGACUUCAUGGAAAACGGCCACAAGUCCUGCUUUGACCUUCAGGCUGAUCUUGAAUACAUGACGGACCCAACAGUCGCAUUAGAAAGACUGGUUUGGUCUACUGUGUGGGAAACCUAUCCUCAUCGGGACGGGGCUUUUGACGAACUGAACGGCCGCCUGGCCUUCGCUCGCAUAUGGGCAGACAGGGUACUACGAGCACGUCGUUCCCUGCGCGAGAUAUACUACAUCGAGCGGGAUUUGAUCUACAACGAAGCGUUUGAGACAGGGGUGCUCUUUACGUUGUCGGCCGACGGCACGCUGUUACAACAAGACAGGAAGGAGCAGGAAAUCCCGGUAUGGUCUGAUGUCUAGACCAAUGCUCGAAGAUUCAUAAGCCUGCAUCGCUACAUAUGCCUCUCGAAGUAGAGCAUGUGCCCGCUGGUGUAGGACGGACCAAAGUAGAAGUGUACAUAGACUCCCUGUGGUCCCACGGGAAUUACCGAAUACGAUGAGAAACCCGGAGAAUACAAGUCAGUCUCGCCCA